CCGAGCUGGAAAGGAAAAAGGUUUAGGUGGGGGAGGGGGUCCUGGGUCUUUGCGGGGUUCAGAGGCAGCGGUGCCACUAACCCAACCCGAGCCCGGCCCCCCAAUCUCAUCUCAUCCCCUUAAGACUCCAGGCCGUGCCCCCUUAAGCUCUGCCCUCGGAUGUCCGACCGCCCAGAGCCUGCAUGCGCCGAGGGGCGCCCCAGGACCAGGAGCUGGUGGGUCCGGGGGCCCCUGGGCGGGGGUCUCGGGGCGCCCCUCCUCCCGCGGGACUCGUGGUCCCGGUGCUGGUCUUUCCACCGGAUCUAGUAUUCAGGGCGGACCAAAGGAGCGGACCCCGGCAGCUGCUGACUCUCUACAACCCUACGGGAACUGCGCUCCGCUUCCGAGUUCUGUGCACAGCACCUGCCAAAUAUACGGUGUUUGACGCAGAAGGGUUCGUGAGGCCUCAGUCCUGCAUUGACAUAGUGAUUCGCCAUGUGGCCCCCAUUCCCAGCCACUAUGAUGUCCAGGAUCGCUUCCGCAUUGAGCUGUCUGAGGAGGGGGCUGAGGGCCGAAUGGUGGGACGGAAGGACAUUACCUCCGUACUGAGGGCCCCAGCAUACCCCCUUGAGCUUCAAGAACAGCCUGAGCCAGCACCUCACCCAGGACCACCUGCCUGGACAGCACCACUUCCAGCCAGACAGUUCCAAGACAACCCCCGCCAGCAACUGGCCACCAGCUCCUUCCUGCUCUUCUUGCUGACGGGCGUAGUCUCUGUGGCCUUCCUACUGCUCCCGCUCCAGGAUGAACUGGGCAGCCAGCUGCCACAAGUCCUCCAUGUCUCCUUGGGACAGAAGUUGGUGGCAGCUUAUGUGUUAGGCCUCCUCACCAUGGUGUUCCUCCGGACCUGAGCUCCCUGCUCAACCCAGCCCCCCUCUCCUCCCCAGGCAGGGACCUGAGGUGGCCACUGUGAUGCUCAUACCUAGCCUCGACUCUCUUCUACAUCCUGACCACCCCCUCAGCUUCACCCCCACCCCCAAGACAAACAUCCAGGGAUUUGUACUCAUUUUCCAAGUUGAAUAAAAUGCAUUUUUAAA